ACCGAAAGUGAGAUGGGAGAUGUAGAUCUAACUGGUCUCCCAGAAGCACCAGUUGAUUCUGAAGACGAUGAAGAAGAAGAUGAAGACAUUGACAGAACUUCAGAUCCACUGCUGGGGAGAGAUGUUGUACGGGAAUGCCUUGAAAAGGAACCUGCUGACAAAACAGAUGAUGACAUUGAACAAUUACUGGAAUUCAUGCACCAGCUUCCAGCAUUUGCAAACAUGACUAUGUCUGUAAGGAGAGAACUCUGCUCAGUGAUGAUAUUUGAAGUUGUAGAACAAGCAGGAGCCAUCAUUCUUAAUGAUGGGCAAGAACUUGAUUCUUGGUAUGUUAUUUUAAAUGGCACUGUGGAAAUCAGCCAUCGAGAUGGGAAAACGGAAAGUCUCUGUAUGGGAAAUAGUUUUGGAAUUACUCCCUCUCUGGAAAAGCAAUAUAUGAAUGGUGUAGUUCGGACCAAAGUAGAUGACUGCCAGUUUGUAUGUAUAGCCCAGCAGGAUUAUUGGAGAAUUCUGAACCAUGUUGAAAAAAAUACACACAAGGUUGAAGAAGAAGGAGAAAUUGUUAUGGUGAAAGAGCACAGAGAGCUGGACCGCAGUGGAACCAGGAAAGGACACAUUGUCAUUAAGGCAACACCUGAACGCCUGAUUACACAUUUAAUAGAAGAACAUUCUAUUGUGGAUCCAACAUACAUUGAAGACUUUCUCUUAACAUACAGAACAUUUUUGGCAAGCCCCCUGGAAGUUGGGGAUAAACUGUUGGAAUGGUUUCAAGUAGACAGUCUCAGGGACAAGGUUACCCGAGUUGUACUAUUGUGGGUGAACAACCAUUUUAAUGAUUUUGAGGGAGAUCCAGCCAUGACACGUUUUUUGGAAGAAUUUGAAAAAAACUUGGAAAAUGCGAAAAUGAAGGGGCACCUCAGAUUACUAAACAUUGCCUGUGCAGCCAAGGCAAAAUGGAGACAAAUCACAUUGCAGAAGCCUUCUAGAGACUCCCCACUUUUCUUCAGCCUCCUUGGAGGAAGUGAAAAAUGUUUUGGUAUUUUUGUGGAGACAGUAGAACCAGGAAGCAAAGCAGCAGAAGCUGGGCUUAAACGCGGUGAUCAGGUAAUGGAAGUAAAUGGCCAAAACUUUGAGAAUAUUACAUUUGCAAAAGCCACUGAAAUCUUGAGAAACAAUACUCAUCUUUCCAUCACUGUAAAAACAAAUAUUUUUGUGUUCAAAGAGCUGCUUAGCAGGAUAGGGCAGGAGAAGAAUGGAGUUCCUCAUAUUCCAAAAAUUGCAGAAAAGAAGAAUAAUCGCUAUUCCAUCCCAGAUAUUCCUGGAGAUGUGGAACAGAUGUUUCCGCGCGAGAAAGGAAACAAGAAAAUAAAAGCAAACACUGUGUCUGGUGGAAGAAACAGAAUAAAGAAAAUUUUAGACAAGACGCGAUUCAGCAUCUUACCUCCGAAAUUGUUCAGUGAUGGUAGUGUAAGCCAGUCACAGGACGACAGCAUUGUGGGGACAAGGCAAUGCAGACACAGUUUGGCAAUUAUGCCUAUUCCUGGCACGCUCUCGUCCAGCAGUCCUGAUCUCUUGCAGCCUACAACCAGCAUGUUGGAUUUUUCUAACCCUUCAGACAUUCCAGAUCAGGUUAUAAGAGUUUUCAAAGCCGAUCAACAGAGCUGUUACAUUAUCAUAAGCAAAGACACUACAGCAAAAGAAGUCGUAAGCCAUGCAGUCCACGAAUUCAAUUUGACAGGAGGCUCAGAGACCUAUUCUCUCUGUGAGGUUUCUGUGAGUCCCGAAGGAGUUAUCAAACAGAGAAGGCUUCCUGAUCAGUUCUCAAAGUUAGCCGAUCGGAUUCAGCUGAAUGGAAGGUAUUACUUGAAAAAUAAUAUGGAAACUGAGACUCUAUGCUCAGAUGAAGAUGCUCAAGAAUUGCUUAGAGAGAGCCAGAUUUCCCUUUUACAGCUGAGCACCAUUGAGGUAGCUACCCAGCUAUCAAUGAGAGACUUUGACUUAUUUCGGAACAUUGAACCUACUGAAUAUAUUGAUGAACUAUAUAAACUUGAAUCUAAAACGGGGAAUGCUAAUCUAAAGCAGUUUGAGGAUGUUAUGAAUCAAGAGACAUUUUGGGUUGCCACAGAAAUUUUAUCAGAGCCAAACCAGCUUAAAAGGAUGAAGAUCGUAAAACAUUUCAUAAAAAUUGCUCUCCAUUGUCGAGAGUGCAAGAAUUUCAACUCUAUGUUUGCUGUUAUAAGUGGUCUUAAUCUGGCACCAGUAGCCCGACUUAGGGGUACAUGGGAAAAGUUACCAAGCAAGUAUGAAAAGCACCUACGAGAUCUUCAAGACCUUUUUGAUCCAUCUAGAAACAUGGCAAAGUAUCGCAACAUCCUUAGCAGUCAGAGCAUGCAGCCUCCAAUUAUUCCACUUUUUCCUGUUGUCAAGAAGGAUAUUACCUUUAUGCAUGAAGGAAAUGAUUCAAGGGUGGAUGGCUUGGUAAAUUUCGAGAAGCUCAGAAUGAUUGCCAAAGAGAUUCGUCAAGUCAUCAGAAUGACUUCUGCUAAUAUGGAUCCUGCAGUAAUGUUCAGACAAAGGAAGAAGAGGUGGAGGAGUUUGGGGUAAGUGUAGAGAUUAAUGCAACUAAGACUCAAAAAAAGUUAUGCCAAUUUUAACAUGCUGCAUCCUCAUUAAUGCAUGCAUCUGAACAAUAGCAUGCAUUUUAUUAACUCUGCAACAGUUGUUUCUAACUAUUCCCAAAAUUAAGGAAAAACAGGCCCACGACGAUAACAUGGAUUCUUAACAAACCUGAAUGCACUCAUAGGUGGGGAGGGCUUUUCUAUUGUUCUUACAAAACAAAAUCAUAGUGAGCUUAUCCUUUUCACUUGAGGUUAACAUAACUUUAAAACUUUGGCAUUAAACGUCUAUUAAAGAAUGUCCAACUUCCCCUGCCCCUACCAUGGAGGCAUUCCAUGGUUCUAAAUCAUAGAUUUACUUAGAAAAUCCAGCUAUGUGCUUGAAAAUGUCACUACCUUGGGCUGUAAAAGAAGGGGAAACAGCUUGAUAGCCACUUAUAUGAAGGAUCCUGGAAGCCACAAAGUUCUGUCAUCAGCA